AUGCUAUUGAUUCUGAUGGACACUCUCCAAAACCUGAAGGAGAAGGCAAACGCUUACACCAGCAAGGCAGCACUAGGUGAAGAUUCCCAGCAUGUUAAUCGUCAGGUGAAGGAAGCGGAAAACGAAGCUGAGUCGGUCUCACAGGCUGUGCCGGCUGCGAAAGGGAUGAUGGAGAGAGUGGUGUCUGCGUGGGAGACUUACAACAAGUGCCUCACCUCUCUACAGACAUGGCUCACACAAAACACACAGUCACAAACACAGGCUCCUGCUGCAGGGACACAGGUGCUGUCUGAAGCAGAGAGGACCUGCGGGGAGCUGCAGCGGGCUGCAUCCAGGCUAGAGGGCCGUCUGGCAGAGCUGGACCACUGGAGCACAGAUGCGCUGGACUGUUACCAGAACCUAAAGGAUAAAGAGCACAGAGGGCGCUCUGCACUGGACUCUACAGCCAAAGUGCUGAUCUCUCGGGGCUCGCAGCUGGAGAACCAGGUUAUAACUGAGGGACGGGAUCUGCAGGACUUUGUCGCACGAGUACAGAAAACCUCUCCUCUGCAGCACCUCAGUACCUCUGGGAUGCAGGACAGGAUCUCAGAGGCAGUCUCCCACGGCCAGCCACCCGUCGUGGUCCGCAGUGAAGUUCAUUCUAAAGCCCAGUCAAUGGCAAGAAGCAGGCUGGAGAAGGCCAGAGUUCAUCUGCACGGACGCAUCCAGCAAGCCAUCAAGUUAUUUGGUGGCAAAGAGAUUUCAGAGUCACAGGCCAAGAAGAAGCAGCGGGCUUUAAAGAUUCUGCAGCCUGUCAUCCUCGACGAGUUCCUGGAUGCAGUGGAAGGUUACGGGGCCUUCUGCUCCGGGCCCCAGCUCCAGGACUUGAUGCUCCUCUCUGACUCAGUCAGAAAGCAGUGGGAGGCCAGAGAGCUAGAAAUACUAGAGUACUUUUAUGGAGCUCAGGUGGUUUCACAUUACCUACUCCCACAGGCCGCCAUUGACGGAGCUGCGUCUGUUGAGCAGCGGGCUGAAUCGCUCCGCGAGCUGUGUGAAACAGUGGCACCAGGUAAAUCAUCCUGCCUGGAGACAGAGCAGCUGAACAAGUCAGACGAAGCACAGGACAAACAAACCGGUGACACGGUUCUCCCAGCACACAGGGGACGGCAGCCUGGGGGAAACACCCCGCUGAGAGCGACUGGCGUGUCGGACGAAACACACCCGGGCAGCAGUCUGCGACGGACACAGAGCGCGGACAGCCCACAACAAGACCUCUCACCUGUGGCGGGCUCAGUGCCACUUCAUGGUGAUAUCCUGCCACUGCGAUCUCAGGAUGUCCCGACAGGAAGAGAAGAGCAAGCGGCUCAGCAGAGAGGCUCUGGGUCGGGGAAAAUUCAGAAGUCUUCACUUCGAGCCCCAGAACAGCGACUGAAGGCUCGUCUGCUGAACAUCACAGAGAGCAACCAGCAAGCCCAAAGUCAUAUACAGGCGGUUGUCAGGGGUGACACUGUGGAGGCCAAGCAGGAGCCAGAGUGGACCGUCAUCCCAGAGGCGGUCGCCCCACCACAGGAGGAGCACCCUUCUGAACAGGAAGUACUAGAAAGGUACAGGAAGGCCUGCUUGGUAUUUAAGUCUCAACUCAAGAAGAAUGAGCAACAUUUGCUGGAGUUUAUCCCAGAGCAAGUCACCAUCUCUACUCUGCACAACCAAAGGAAGCAACUACAGACUUUAAAACAGGUGACAGAGGCACAAUGGUUUAAGUUUGAGCUCCAGUAUGCCCACCUAUCCCAUUCCCCCCAUCUGAUGACCAGAGAAGACCGGAGUGAAGUGGAAAGAGACUGGGAGCAGCUGAGGCAGGAGUGGAGAGGCCAACAGAUGUGCCUGCAGAACAGGAUGACGUCUCUUGAGAACACGGCCGACCUGAUGGAGUCUGCGGAUGAGACGACGGCAUUGAUCACACAAAACCUUGACGGCAUCAUCCGACAGUCUAUGGACAUCUCCUCCUUCAACCUGACCGAUCGUAGUCUGCAAUCUGACUUAAAGGAGAUGGACGACAGGCUGCAGUCUGAAGUGAGAAAAAUAACAAAACAAAGCAGUGAAGAGGAAAGACAACACCCAGAGGCCACAUCCCUCCACCAGGCUCUCCACAACAGUGUCAGUCAGCUCAAGCAGCUCAGACAGCAGCUGGAGAAGGUUCAGUCAGCUGCCCAGGCUGUGGAUCACUUCCUGGCCACAGUGAGGGAAGUCAAGGCCGAGAUCCCAGCCCUGCUGGCAAAGCAGGACGACAGCAGGCAGCAAAAUGAGGCGGACUGGGAGCAGGAGAGGCGUUCCUGGCAGGCAGAGAUGCAGCAGAGGUUGCAGACGGCUGCGGACCAAUGUGAAAGUGUUGACAGCAAUUUAAAGGCAGCGGGAAUGACUCUUACCAUGGAUGGUGCAACUGUUACGUGCCAGGAUGUGGUGACAUCGUUGUCCGAGCACGUUGCGGACGUGGAGAAAAAGCUGAUGAGAGCCAGGAAAAGGGAGAGCAAAGAUGGGAUGAAUCUAAUGGGAAAGGAGCAAAUGCAGAGGAAUGAAGAGUUGAAUCCCACGGAGAUGCGUCAGACGAAGACUGGGGAUGAUUCACCACAGCUGGGGGGAAUACAGGAGCAGGAGCAUCCCAGUCCAACUGGGGCAGAAGAGGAGUCAGGGUUGGAGGCCCAAAGGAGGAGGCUGGAUGGAGAGAAUGACACAAAGGCCCAAAGGGAGGAAGAGCACAAGGCUCAAACAUGGAGGACACGAGCCUUGAAAGAGCUGGAAAGUCGUCUUUCUGGUCUCCUUUCUGAGCUGCAGCACAUACAAGAUGCAUCUUCAUCAGGAUCCUGUGAUGUGAGUCAGACCAGCGAGGUGGAGGACGUCCGGGAGGAGACGACAAAGGCUGUAACUGAACGGCUGGAGCAGUGUCGUGUCCUGACUGAGCUGCUGAAGAGGUUUCAGAGCGUUCGUGGUGAGCUGACUGGGACACUGCAGAGAGCAGAAAGCACCAUCAGUGAACAAGCCUCCUACAUGGGGAAAGACAACUUGCAGAGAUUCCACACUAAGGUUCAGGAAAGAAAAGCAGAGCUGAACAGCCUUGGGGACGGCAUAGAGGAGGUCCGCAGUGUCUGCAGGCAGCUUCACUCUCACCUACGCCAGAUACCAGAAUGCACCAUCGUCCCCUUUGAGAGCGAAGCUGAUGCUCUGAUGGACAGCUGGCUGGACAUUUCAGAAAGGACAGAUUCCCACCUUGAAAACAUGCACCUUGGCCUCACUCUGUGGGAUGGAGUCCUCCAGCUGGGAGCAGAGGUGGAGAGCUGGACUGAGAAUAAACUAGCACUGUUUGCUCAGUCUCCUUCCUUUCAGUCAGAGGGUGACAUCAAGACACUGCAGAAAGAGAUUGUGGCCCAAGAGAAGAGUGUGCAGCGUUUCCAGCAGAGAACCACUGAGAUUCAGUCCCUGCUUCAAAGCGCAGAGCCCCCGCUGGAGCUGCAGGUGGCGGAGACCCAGAUGAGGAAGAAGAUAGAGCAGCUGAAGGAGCUCGGCUCUGAAGCUGAGGAUGUUUACAGGCAGAUGGUGGCCGCUAAGGGACAAAUCACUGCCAGGAUGGCCGAGUGCUUCAACUCCCUCCAAAAGAUUCAGGACUCCCUCCUCACUCUUGCUGGUUCAGAUGUUGCAGCAGUCCUUGCAAAACUUAAAGAUCUGUGUCGGCAACUGCAGACCCAGGACGAGCAGGCAGAGAGUUUGCUGGAGGAUCUGCGUGUCCUGACCUCCAUAACAAGUCCAGAUAGCCUAGAGAGUCUGUGUGCGGACGGGAUUCAGCUGCAGGAGAAAGUGAGAAACGCCCAUGACCUCUUCUCUGACGUGGAAGAACAGACUCAGAGGAAUAUCCAGGAUCUUGACAGGGUGAGGACUGAGCUCCUCAGUCAGCUUGUGUCAUCUUUACAAAGCAGCAGCCUUCAGCAGUCUGCGCUGGUGGAAGAAAGUAGCAAACUGCUGGAACGAUCCCGCAACUUCCACACCAACAUACUACAUGGUGCCCAGGAGAAGCAGUGCUCUCUGAGCGGGGACCUGGAGGUGUUUCAGGUUUUGUUGAAGUCCACACGAUCCUGGGUCGGAGAUCUGAGACUACGUGUUGACUCCCCACUUGGUGAAAGACACGGUCUGCAGAGUCCUGUAGAGCAGAGACUUCACCAUGCUCAAGCUGUGGUAAGUGCAACCACAGAUGGAGCCGCUCGCCUUGAGGAGCUCAGAGUUACUGGAAAUAGUCUGAGCCACAGACUGAGUGAUGGAGAUGAUCUGAAACAGGAAAUUCAGGAAACCAUUCAGAGAGUAGAGGAGCAGUGGAGGGACCUUCAGCAAUCAGUUGAGCCUUAUCACAGGGUUCUGCAGACUGAUCCAGAGGUCACCUCCUCCCACCUGUCCAGACGACAGGAGGUCGGCUGCAAGGUGGAAGAGCUGCAGCGCCAAAUUGCUCAGCUCCCCACCUUAUUCCCCUGGCCUGGCACAGCUGAACGUAGACAAGCCUGCCUUCUAGCCCGUCAACUGUUGGAUGAAUCUAAAUCCCUGCAGUUAACUCUUACCAGCCUGACUGAACAGAGGAGAGAUCUGGCUGAGCGAACCAGUGACAACAUCUGGGCAGAUUCCUCCUGGGUUGAGCUGGACACCUACUGCCUAUCACUGAUGGCAGAGCUGACGGCUUUGCUACAAGAAGUAACAGACAUGGAAAAAGACACUUUGCAACUUGUUACGCUGAAGGACUCUAUCACAAACAGCUCCACGGUCGAGGCCCAAGCCAGCCUCUCCCAGCAAGUCAGCAUCCUCCAAAACCACAAGAGGGCACUAGACAGCAGCAUCAGAGAAAACCUGGCACUGCGCAAAAAAAACAACAACCAGAGAGAUCAACAGGUGAAGGAAGAGGUCUCCUGUGUACAGACAGCUGUGAAAGACCUGGCUGCAAAUGUUGGCAAUCUGUGCGGGAACCUUGAAGUGCUGCCUGAUAUCAGCCAGCUCAGACAGGAGUGGUGUGCCAUACAGGACUUUGAUACCAGACUGACAGAGUUGGCUGCAAGAGUUUACAGGCUGCAGAAUACUGGAGAGUCCAGCAUCACACAAGACGUGCUUCCUGCAGAUGUCACUUUGACUGUUGAUGGAGUUGCUAAAGAUGUUGACAGCCUCAGGUCCAUUUUUCUACAAAGGAAGCAGGAGUGUGCAGAAAACACUGCUAACAGGGUGAGACAGGUCGUCAGGCGGCUGCAGCAGUGGAGCCAAACAGUACAAGCUGAACCAUCAUCGCCCAGUCAGGCGGCUCUGGAUGAAGAGACAUUUAAGGCAAUUACUGAUGCUCAAGAACAAGAGAAACCCUGUGAGGACGUCAGUGUGACCCCAAAGAAAGCAUUAACAGUCGUGCUGGACGUGCAGGAAAAUGAAAACAUUGGAGCCACCAGGGCAGAUGUACCCGCAUAUUCAGACGGAGCAGAGCUAGAGCGGUGUGAUGCAAAAUUCACAGAGGCUGCAAACACAGGAUUCCCUGAGAAGAAACCUGGACUGCAAACAACAUUAAUCAGUCCAGAAUCAGACAAAACUGACUUGAAAAGCCUUCAUUUAGCAUCACAAUCAAAGACUUUAAAACCAGUUACUGAUGCUCAAGAAACAGGGAAAUACUGUGAGGAUAUCAAUGCGAGCCCAAAGAAAGUGUUUACAAUAGUGUUGGACAUGGAGUUUCCUCUGUACCAGCCACAGGACAUGCAGCCAAGGGGAAAUGUUGGAGCCAGCAGCCCAGAUCCCUGUGGCACAAAGAUCACAGAACGUCAGAUGCAAGAAGACAUGGAGCCUGAGAGGACGACGCUGGGUUUGUCAGCUGAUUGGGGUGCCGGAGAGACGACAGGUGGAUCACCAGCGUCCUGCAAACACAGAUCCACCAUGCUGGAUAUCUUGUCUGAGAUACAGAGCUUGGCGGAAAGAAAGAUUCGCCUGAUGCGAACUGUCCAGCAGGUUCUGGCAUGUCGAUAUCAACCAGCACAACUCGAUGUGGCUGCUAUGGCCAAACAGCUGGAGGAAGCAGAGCAAUACAGGUGCUGUGUGCAGGAGCGAGUAGCUACUAUGAAAAGCAUGAGUGCUGCCUGGGAAUGUGACCCAAUCGCCUUGAAAAGAGCUGAAGGACAAUGGAGUGCAGCACUGCUGGAUGCCUCUGCCACAGUGCAGGUGAAAGCAGCACAGCUGGACCAGGUCAGACGCUAUCACAAACAGAUGAAGAUGACCAGAGUUUUUCUGGAGGUUUUAGCUGCUGAGAAGGAAAAAAUGAGCCUAAACGCUUUGGGAAGUAGUGCUGUUCAAGCUGACAAACUCCACGCCCUGCUGCAAACCAUGGAACAGAAGAAAAGCAUCAUGGAGGAGCUGCUCCACCUAAGUGGCCAGUUAUCAGUCCACUUGAGUGACGCAGAAAGUUCGGGUGCUCUUCUUGCCCAGCUUGGAGACGUCCAAGAGGAAUGGAGGCUUUUGGAAGGAGGUAUCAAGAGAGCUCUACAACACGCCACAAACUCCAACUCUCAAUCCUCUCUUCUUAUAAAAGAGGCCGAUCAGCUUAAAGCCAAGGUCGAAGCUCUUCAGAAAUCCAACUUUCAAAGCAACGACAGUAAAAGUGCUUUAGAAUUUGUUUGUCUGAGCACAGACCUAAAACUGUACAACCAGCUUUAUCUGCACUUACAAUCCCAGUCAGAUGCUCUCGUCCAUUUCUCUCUGGGUCAGAAGGAGAAGGAUGAGAUCCAGUGUAAUCUUCAGGAAUUGGGAUCAUUGCUUAAUGACGCCAAGAGAAAGCUUGAUACUUCCACGUAUAGCUGUGGAGGCAUUUCCUCAACUAAGAUCAACAAACAAUUACAAGACCUGAUCAUGUGGGCCAAGCAGGCGGAAAACCACAUCUCCAUUGGGAAAAAGUUAGCUCUUUUCCCAGAGGAGGCUCGUAUUCAGAUUGUUGACAUGAAGAAAUUUCAGACUGAUAUUUUUUCCCAACGGUCCAAGAUGCAAGCACAAGUUGAGGAGAUGAAAGAUGUAGCCUUUGACAUGGGAAAAGAGGAAAGCGACGAAGUAUUGAAGACAGUAGAGGACCUCUAUGAAGCCAUUGUCGACAGCCUGGAUCAUGUUCUUGUUACCUUGAAGAAACACCUACACGAGCGGGAGAAACUCUUAUCCCAGCUUGCUAGCGCGGAUGCCUGGCUAGCAGCAACACAUGCUACAAGAGACCCCUGUACCCAUGUUGAAAAUGUGUCCAAAGCUGACAUCCAAGAGCUGGAGAGCAAGCUGGAGAGUCACAAAUUAGCCACUGUGGAAAUACAGAGCCAACUAAAUCUGGUGGAGGCGAUGGCUGAAAGUUGGAAGGACAUGGCAGUAGGGUUGAGUCCAGGAGAGAGCCGCUACCUUGUCAACAGACUGUCAGGCCUCUGGACAGAAUUGGAUGGACUGCUGGCUCAUGAGAGAGCAACCAGCUGGGAACUAGAGGAGCUGAUUCAUGAGCGAACAUCUUCAGAUGAGGAGUUAUCAACCAUCCAGGCUAGUUUAAAGCAAAUUUCCGCUGAUUUGGAGAAGCAAAAAUUCCCUCUAACACAGGAAACCCUUUCGACAGUUGUACAUUUGAAGCACAUGCUAAUGGAGAAUCAGUGUCAAGUACAAGAGCUUCAGCACUGCCAUGAGGCCAAGCGUAGCACCUUGCUGUACACCAUUGGAGAACUGCAAGACAGGUGCAAAGCUCUCAGUCUUAAUGCUUUUGAGCAAGACAAAUAUCUGCACCUGAGGAGACAAAUGGAGGAAUCUAGGGACAUUGCCAAAGAGCAAAUCCAGCGUGCCAAAGACAAAACAAUCAGUGUGGGUGAGAGAUUCAGACUGUGCCAAACACUCCUGGUUGAACUUCCUUUAGUGAAGACACAGUGUCAAGAAGCAGGGGACCAGCUGGAGGCCAUAGCUCAGGAUCUGUACCCAUCUGAACUGAAUUCAGAGAGGGAGAGGAUUCACUGCACUGUGGAAACUUUGGUCUCCUGGGAGCACUCUGUCACAGAUGAUAUCAAAUACCUAGAGGCCAAGCUUCUGUUGGGUCUGCGCUUUUCCUCCGAACUUCCUGCCUUAAUUGAGCUUUUCCAAAAUACAAGAGUGGAGCUGGAGGGAGCCAGGCCAGUCGAUCCAGAGGAGAAAGCAAUUGACAGUGCACUACGAAGAUACUGGGUCAUUUGGAGAAAUAUGGAGUCUGGGAUGAGGGUUUUAGAAGCUCUCGGACGGAAGGAAAAAAUUAACCUGAAGAACUUCAAGGAGCUAUACUCUCUCAGGGAUGCAGCCAUGCAAGAGUGUCAUUUACAAAUGGAGAGUUUAUCUCAGGCUCGAGAAUCCUUGAAGGAUUACCAGUGGGCCGCUCAAGGAGCAAUAGCCUUUCUUCAUAAUGCUGAAGGCACCUUUUUGUCAGCUCCCGGAGGGUUUCUGGACUGCACCGAGGAACAGAGACAGACCCGGCAGGCUUUAAAAGCUCUAGAAGACGGAUUUCAGGCUCAUAUCUGCCACCUUGUGGAACUGGUCCCCCAGCAACCCUGCCUCUCCCGCCCCAAGGCCGAGCAGCUCCACAUCGGUAUUCUCACCCAGUUGUUGGUAGGAAGAGCUGUACUGGAGGCCCAGGCCCAGCUCAGGCUGGAGUCCUUGCAGAGUUGUGCAGCAAGACAACAAAGCCACAGGAGCUGUCAUGAAGACGUACGGCAGCGUCUUUCUAGGUCUGAAGCUGGACUUUCAGAAUGCGCUGCGGCACAAAUCACGUCAUAUGACAAAUGUGUUGCCCAACAAAAGAGAGCUACGCUACUGAUGGAGGAUCUCCGCAACCUUGCUGGAAAGAUAGAAGAACUGAGGGCUGGAUGUCCGAUGCAGGGCUGCGGAGUUGGUAAAGACGGUGAGCUGGCUGCCCUCUGGCGCCGUUGGGUAUCGUUACGACGUGGCGUUGGCGUUCUGAUGGCACACGCAGAACAGAGACAAGAGGAAUGGAAGGACAUCACUACAAGUAUUGAGCAGUGUUGCAGUUUUUUGGCCAGUCUUCAGGCAGAGGUGCCUGACUCCUCCACUGUGAGCUUCACUCAAGAGAAACCCCUGGAGCUUCUUGCCCAGGCUGAGAUGCACCAGGCCGGCCUGGAGCAGGAGCAGCAGGCCUUAGCCUCCCUGGAGCAUCGACUGGAGCAUGCCCUGAGCUUAUCCAGUUCACAGGAUCCCAUGAGUCCCGGACCUGUUGGCAGAACACUGGUGAAGAUCCAGGAGAAUGUCAGGAGCCUAAAAGAGAGAAACCUGCUGCUGGUAGCUGCAGCCCAAGCAGAGGAGAAAGAGAGACAGCAAGUCCAAGAGGAGAUAGGAGAGGUGGAGAAACACAUGCUCGCCACUAUCCCCACGCUGGAAGCUUGUUCGAACGCAAGCAAACGACAGGAGCUCAGAGAGGAUCUGUCCUCUCAGAGGUCCAAGCUAAAGUCCAUCAUGCAUGGUGUAGAGAGCCGGUAUGAAGAGAUUCCUGAUGAUAUCAGCAAACGGUUACAAGAAGUUCAACUGUCCCUACAGAGAGCAGAGGAGAAGCUCAUGGAGGGGAGCAGCCCGGGUCGCAAGCUGGCUGGUCGAAUGGUGGAGCUUUGUUCUGGCCUCAAGAAAGUGAAAGCGUCACUGGAGCAGAAAAGUCCAACAGUCAGCGAUGCUCAAAAUAUGCUCAAGGUGUUUACACAUGUUUGGGAUGAGCUGGAUGCGUGGCACAGUCGCUUGAUGAUCCUGGAGAGCGAGGUGCACGAUCUUGCGGAGGAGCAGUCGGACCAAGCUCACCUCCUCAUGGACCAACUCACACAACCACUGCAGCUCCAUCAAAACGCGUCGCAGAUGGCUGAACACCGCACUGCCUUCCUCAGCAAGAUCCCAGUCUGUCUUCAAGAGUUACAAGACAUUUUGUACAGCGCCACCUGCUGGAUGGAGGAGGCCCAGUCAUGGCUCAACGCUCCUUGCUCAUUCACAACAGCCAGAAGCCUCCAGAAUCAUGCAAGCUCUCUGCAGCUGGUCCUGGACGACUCAGAGAGGAUUAGGGACACCUUGCAGGGCUUCAGGCCGGUGCUGGCUGAGAUCUCUGCUGUGUGUGACAUCAGCACGCAGGAGAAGCAGCUGGACCAGAAUGACCAACAAGUCCACAAAAUGCAACGCAACCUCCUGGAGCCACUGGAGCAACUCCUGCAGGCUGCCGUGGUGGUGGAGGUGAUGGAAGCUGAGCUUAAGACUAUGGAGAAGAAUGUUCCCAAGAUCAGAACCAUUUUAUCCUCCAUGGACGACUCCAACAUAACUCUAACGGAGCAUCUUCAAAACCGACAGGUGAUCCUGGCCAAUGUGCAGUCAAUGCAGAGGACACUGGAGGAGCUGGAGAAAUGCAAAGUGGAGCUUCACCUCCCACAAGGCGCAGAGGAGAGCCUGCUGGCCUUCUCCCGAACCGGACUGCUGCUGCAGCCGCUCGAGGAGCUGGAACAACUCACACAGCAACAAGCCUCUCUGCUGGAGAACAAGAUUAGGGAGGAGGAAGAAACCAGUAAGGAUGUUGGCAUCACCCCAGUCUCCAGUAAUCCUGAAGAGAGACAGCAGCUAUACAGAUCUCCACGAAGACACUUAGUCCAGGAGGCUUUUGAAGUGUCUAAUUCAGAGGAAGAGGAGGAAGAGGAUGACGAGAGUUGUCACUCGUCGUCCUCUGACACACUAACAUGCAGUAUCCCGGAGGACCCAGAGGAGACACUCAACGUUUCAGAUGUGACAAGUGAGGAUAUUGCUGAAAUGAAGCCACUGUCAAAGGUUAAGGUGACGCCUGCAGACAGCUCUCAUCCAGGUGUGAAGGAGGAGUUGUACGAGGCUGCACGGAGGGUCCUCUUCUGCCUGGACUCUUGGACUGACCUCCUCUCGACUCCUGGUGGCGCUGAUGAAGAUGACCUCCACCUGAGGCUGCUGCAGCAGGAGUUCUUCUUCAAACAGCUGUGUAUUUUGGACGAGUUUGAACUGGGACAGAGUGAGACCUUCCCAAAUCUAAAGGAUGCUCCUGGUUUGGAGCAGUGUCUCCUGGGCAGACAUCUGAGGGAGAGUCCGGGGGAAAAAGCCAAGGUACAGCAAGCAUCUGGCUCCUUGCUUCAGGGGAUAACUCACCUCCUGGAACUGGGAGAAGUAGGCAUAAAAGAAAGGCAGAUGAGCCAGGUUCACAACCGCAGCCAACUUCAAGCCGUUCUCUGCAGACCCAAGAGGCUCCUGCAGGUCCUCAGGUCUCAGUUGGCUUUUGUGCAGCAUCUAUUUCAACGUGAGCCAGAGGUUUUCAAGUGUCAAGAGGAUGAGCGCUUACAGCUGGAGGUCAGGGCUAAAGCUUUGCAGCAACAGGCUCUGGAGCAGGAAGUGGUUUCUUACAGGAGGCUGCAGGAAUGGACCAUUUGGGAGGAUAAUUGCGGUCAGCUGGGCAGGGUGCUGGAUGAGUCUGAAGCCCUCAUCAGCAGCGGGGAACCAGAGGGAGACGACGAGGAGUCGUCUGUCGUACAGCACAGACUAGACGCCUGCCAGCAAACACUGGUCCAGCUGGAUGAGAGCAGAGCAGCUUUAGGACUGCUCCUGGAUCAGUGUAAGGUGCUGCAGACAGAGCCGGUGUUUGCUGCCUCAGUCGGCCUGGCAGGAGGUGCUCUGGAGCUGCGAUGGAGGAGUGCCUUCAGGCGGACAGAGCAAGAGAUCCGACGCUGCAGAGACAUCCAGGACGUCCGUGCCAGAUUCCAGACAGACUUCACCUUGGUCAGUAAUUGGCUGGUUGGUGCCAAUAAACACCUGAAGACUUGGUCAGACCUGGCAGACACCACAGACCUGAACCAGGAGUGUGUUCACAAAAGUCUGUUCAAGCUGCUGGACUUAUCCAUGGAGGUGGAGGCCAUGUCGGUGCAGAGGGCGUCGGUUUCUAGGGAAGCCACGCAGCUUCUCCACCUGAGGGAAGCUGACUGUCCCGGGCUGAGAGCUCAGAUCGCCCAGCUGGAGGUCCGCUGGAGCCAGCUCACCUCAGAAGUGUCCAGGCUACAAGAGCAGCUACACCAGAAGCUGCUGGCUGGAUGGCCACCGGUGGAGUUGCUGUGUGACCUGGAGGACUGGCUGAAGAAACUGGAGACUCGACUGAGCCAGGAGAAAGAAACGGUUCUCAAGGCCAAAGAUGCUGCUCAGAUCACUGAAGUCCUGCUACACUACAAGUCUGGGCCUCAGGCGGUGGGAGCAGACAUCCAAGCUCUCCGAUCUGAACGAACAAUGUUUGCAGAGACACUUGGUGCCCUUAGACACCAGUGGCUGCACCUCCAGAGGCAGCUGGAGAGCCAGGCUGUUGUAGGCAGAGUGAAGGGGGUGGCUGCAGCUUUGCAGGAGUUGAAAGCCACACGAGCUCAUGCUGAAAAGGAAGAGGAGCACCCCUGUGAUAUCACGUUCUGGAACCAGGCAGAGAGUGUCAGUCAUGCCUGUGAGGAUCUUAGUCAACAGAUGGAAGCUCUGAGACCAGCUCUACAACAGACUGUCACAGAGUGGAGUUGUUUUGACAGAGAUCUGAGGGAGGUUACUCUGCACACCAGUAGGGUGCGCUGUGCUCUGCAGCAUCAGCAAGCGCCUGUGUUCUCACUGAAGCAGGCAGAAGGACACGCGGAACACCUCCAGCAACUCCAGGGGAAUGCUGGGAAAGGAGAAGCGCUCUGGGCGACUGUGGAAAAAUCAUUCCAGAGUCUCAUGAAGACUCUUCAUCGUGGAGCAGCGCAGGCACUAAGUGACCAAAUGGAAGGAGAGCGGAAACGGUGGAAGGACGUGGUGCAGGAGCUAAAGGACGUGCACGUGAAGACCGGAGAGACACUGUCCCUUUGGCAGGAGUACAGUCGUCUCUCUGAUAACUGCUCCCUGCACCUGCAACAGCUGUGGCUUCAGUGGGAGGAGCUGUCGACUUCUUCACCAUCACCUGUGCAGGACACGCAGACCAUGGUUGACUCAGUGGAGAAGAUGCAGGUUGUUGCUGAGGGCUUGCAAAGCAGUGUGGGAGAUGUACUGGAGGCUUCCAAGCCUCUUAUGAGACAGCUAGGACCUCCUUCUGCAAAUUUAAUCCAAUCACAGACCAGACUGCUGUCACGUGACGUCCUGCUCCUCUGCCAGGCAAUGUCAGGGAAAAAGAAAAGUCUUCAGGAUGAUGGUGAGGAGCAGAAACGAUUUCAUACUUGCCUGCAGACCCUUGAAAAGCAGACACAGAACAUACAAAACAAACUGAGGGCUGGUGUAAAUGACAAAGACUCUGUGAAGCAGGUUCUCCUGGAGCUCAGUGAUCUGUUUCCGUCACUGGUUGACGUCAGGGAGACGAGCGGCUAUUUGACCCUGAACAACCAGGAGAGGGAGAGACUGCACACGCUCAGCAGGGAGUGGAUCGAAAGCAUGACUCACAUAUCUGACAGGAACAGAGAGCUGCAGGCUGAGCGUCAGGGUUCCCAGACCUUUCAGGAGAAGUAUAAGAACCUGAUGCUCAUAAAGGAGAAACUUGUUGAGGAAUCGAUGUCUAAAAAACCUCUAAGUCUCUCCUGCCUCCAAGAGAUGCUGACUGCCCAUCAGAGGCUUCAGGCUGAAAUAAUUACUGGACACCAGCUUCUGCGGAGUCUCCUCAGUGAUGCAGUCAAGUCCAUGGAAAAAGAAACAGGAGAGAAAAGAUCUGAGCUCGUGGCACAAGUGGCCAGUGUGAAGGAGAGCUGGUUCAGUGCCGUUGCUCUGGCUUGUCAGCGCAGGUCCUUGGUAAAAGAACAGCUCAGACAACGGAGAAUCUACCACCAUGGCCUGAAACAUCUGUGGAAGCUGCUGACGGACGUUGACCCUCUGCUGCCCCCUGCUGGCCCUGCUCUCUGUACACUGCAGCGAUUGGGAAGCUGCGCGGAUGAAUACCAGUGUGUCGAAGAGGCUUUGGGUCUGCGGUCCACCGUCUACAACCAGACGCUGGAGGCUGGCAAACAUUUGUGUGAAACCAUGACGGAGUCUGAGUGUCAGAGUCGACUGCAGUCAGAGCUCCAGGCCGUAGAGGAGGCCUGGAAACAAACCAGCUCACUGCUGGGCAGGAGAAGAGACCUGGUUAAUGCAACUCUUCAGAAGUGGUCUCAGUGUCAGGACGGGAUGACCAACAUCAUGUCAGAGCUGGAUGAGGUGAAGACCAAGAUGAAUCAGCAGCUGCCUGAAAGACCAGAGAAGCUCAUCCAGGAGGCAGAACUCUCUCUGCAGCGUUUGGCCAGUGGAUUGAGGGAACUGGGCACCAUGAAGACAGACCUGUCCCAGUACAUCACGGCCGGUGACUCGGCUCUGCUGGAGCAGCAGCUGGAACAACUCCACGGUCAAUGGGAAGAGCUGUGUAUGAAGGUAUCCUUGCGCAGGCAGGAAAUCGCAGACCGCCUCAACGCCUGGACCAUCUUCAACGACAAGAACAAGGAGUUCUGUGAUUGGCUGACUCAGAUGGAGAACAAGGUGUGCCACAGUGGAGAUCUGAGCAUCGAGGAAAUGGUGGAGAAACUGAAGAAGGACUGCAUGGAGGAAAUCAACUUGUUCAGUGAGAAUAAAAGCCACCUGAAGCAGUUGGGUGAGCAGCUGCUGUUAGCCAGCGAUGAGGCCAAGCAGACCCAGGUCCGCGGCUCAAUGCAGGAGGUGAACCAGCGCUGGCACAACCUCUUCCACCACAUCGAAGCCAGGGUGAAGAAGCUGAAGGAGACGCUGGUCACAGUGCAGCAGCUGGAUAAAAACAUGAGUAAUCUCCGCUCGUGGCUUUCGCGAAUUGAAGCUGAGCUGUCCCGACCAAUCACCUACAGCGUCUGUCACCACCAGGAGAUCCAGAGGAGGCUGGCUGAGCAGCAGGAGCUGCAGAGGGACAUUGAGCAGCAUACGGAGGGCGUAGCGUCGGUGCUCAACCUGUGCGAUGUUUUGCUGCGGGACGAAGACGCUGCCGGCGGCACUGAGGCGGAGAGCGACUCGCUGCAGGAAACCAGCCGCAGCCUGGACCAGCGCUGGAGGGCCAUCUGUACCAUGGCUCUGGACAGGAGGCUCAGGAUCGAGGAGACGUGGAGACUCUGGUGCAAGUUCCUCGAUGACUACUCGCGGUUUGAGGAUUGGCUGAAGAUGGCUGAGCGCACCGCUGCCAACCCCAACUCUGCAGACGUCCUUUAUACUGUCGCCAAAGAGGAGCUCAAGAAGUUCGAGGGUUUCCAAAGGCAGGUUCAUGAGCGACUGACCCAGCUGGAGCUAGUCAACAACCAGUACCGCCGUCUGGCCAGGGAGAACCGCACCGACCGGGCCAGCCAGCUCAAAGCCAUGGUCCACGAGGGCAACCGGCGCUGGGACACCCUGCACCGCAGAGCGGCCGCCAUCCUCCGCAGGCUCAAGUAUUUUACGAGCCAGAGGGAGGAAUUUGAAGGCACCAGGGAGAGCAUGCUGGUGUGGCUGACCGAGCUGGACCUGCAGCUCACCAACGUUGAACACUUUUCAGAGAGCGACGUCCAUCACAAGAUACAGCAGCUCAACAGUUUCCAGAAGGAGAUCUCACUGAACACUGAGCGCAUUGACGGGCUGAUAGUGUUUGGAGAGGGUCUGAUCCAGAGGAGCUCGCCGCAGGACGCAGCGCUGAUAGAGGACGAGCUGCAGGAGCUGCACACCUACUGCCAGGAGGUUUUCAGCAGACUGGUCCGCUUCCACCAGCGACUCAGCCAGCCACCGAUCAAGGAAGAACCUGAGCUCUCUGGUACCACUUUUUCCUUGGAGUCGAGCUUGGAGCUGAUUGGCCGGCCGUGGCUUGGGCGGACCCAAGGAAGCCUCCCGGCCACACCCACCCACCUGCUGGCCUCCCCGCUGGAGCGCUCGGGGCGGGAGACACCUGUGAGCGUGGACUCGCUGCCUCUGGAGUGGGACCACACCGGAGAUGUAGGAGGUUCAUCGACACAUGAAGAUGAUGAGGAGGAGGAAGAACGUGACGAAGAGGGAGCUUACUUCAGUGCACUAUCAGAGGUGGAGUUCACUGAGAGCCAGGAGGAUUUUAUUGAAGCCCCAGAAGCGUUACUAUCCUCCUCACUGGUUCCAAGCAGGUCUAUGGUCGGACAUGAGUCUCCGGGAUGGGGGUCACCGACAGACACGCAACCUCUCCAGCUGCACUCUGAGGCUGCGCCCACUCUCACCAGCACGCCCAUAAAGCAGGGCUAUCUGGGUCUCAUGACUCAGUGCAGCGGCAGCAUCAAGGACAUUAAAAGAGUCUCGCUGAUUCUGGAUGACGAGGAGCAGCCGAGGGAGCUCGGUCUGACGGGACUCAGUGCCUCAGACAAACAGUCAGGUGUGAUUGAACGCUGGGAGUUGCUCCAGGCUCAGUCCAGGAGCGAUCAGCAGGCCAGCCCUCAGGAGCCCCAACAGCUCACGUCUGACCUCGACGACAUCACCUCCUGGUUAGAAAACGUGAUCCCAGAGCUGGACCGCCUCCAGCCGUCCAACCCAGCGGCGAGCAUUGAGGACAUGGAAGCCAGAGCCAAAGAACUAAAGGAGAUGCAGAGGGUGUUUACUCGCUACAAGUCCAUCAUGCUGUCUGUCAACCUGAGAGCUCAGGAGGCCCCAGACCUACAGCAAAGACUGGCGAGUAUGAACAGAGACUGGAGCAGAGCAUGUACCGGCCUCCAGCAGUGGGACACCAGUCUGAGGAACACGCUGAUGCGCUGCCAGGAGUUUCAUGAAACCCUCCACUCUCUGUUACUGUGGCUGGCCCACGCAGAGAGCAGACGCUACACAGUGGACAUCAGUCACCCAGACACACCUGUCAGAGCCCUGCGACAACAGCGCAACACGCUCACUGAUCUGCAGGAGGAGCUGCGGAGCAGGCAGGCUCAGCAGGCCUCGCUCCAGGCUCUGUGGUCUCAGCUCCAGCCCGAGGACGGAGCCGAGGAGAUCGACGAGGCCCAGGAGAAGCUUCACGUCACGGGUAACAGGAUGAAGUUGCUCCUGAGGGAGGUGAACCAAGACCUGAGCACCCUGCAACAGCGACUGGGCUGUGAAACUGAAUCAGACGACCAAGGCCGAAGUGCCUCUGCAGAUGCUUCUGAGGAGGCGGCACGUUCAAAGAAAGGUUCCUCGACUCAAAGAGAGAGGAGGGAUUCGUCUCCGCCUCGGUCCUUCUUCUACAGGGUCCUUCGCGCUGCCUUCCCCCUCCACCUCCUCCUGCUGCUCCUCCUGCUGCUCCCCUGUCUGAUUCCCAUGUCAGAGAGCGACCCCAGCUGCACUGUGGCCAACAAUUUUGCCCGGUCUUUCUACCCCAUGUUACGUUACACCAACGGCCCCCCACCCACCUGAUGAUGGAAAUUUUGCAUAUUUUUUUGAGAACGCAGAGAAACACGUGCCACCUUUUUGUCACAUGACCAAAACCGUCUAACAUAAGUUACCCCAAAUUGUAUUUUAAUCUCUAUUUUUAAAGAUUUGAAUUUAGAACAUUGUAUUUAUUCCGGACCUGCCUGUUUGACUGCAUUUCAAUCAGAACGAACAUCACAUGAACAAAAAUGUAGAUAUUCUAGUUUAAUAUUGCAAAGAUCUUGAAACCGUCCAAGAAAAUCAAUCACUGCAGCCUCUUGCAGAGCGCCCCCGCAAACCACAACUCAAAAAUAGAGUUCAUCAGCAGAUGUUUGUGCUCGCUCAGGUGUGAUUGAACGCUGGGAUUAAAACUGUUGGAGGCGUGAAGCAGCGGCAGCAAAGACACGUACGUUUAUCUUUCAGCUGCUGUGCGAUGCUCAGUGGUUAGAAGAAAAAGCCAGUAAAUAUAUUGAGUCAGUUCAUUGGAGAGAACAACAAAGAGGAAAGACCCAGUGAGAUGAUGAAAUAACUACAUUUGAGCCAGUUGAUUAAAAGCUUCAGUCGAUGGAUAAUCAGGUCUAAACAUCCCACGCAGGACACAGUGGCAGUAGAAGGCUGCAUUAGUGGAUUUUCACUGAACAAGCCGUCGCUUUGCUUCUUUCAGAGCUUCCUUUAUUCAAAACAAUUUACAUACAAAAGACACAUACACCGAGGUCAGUCCUCUGGUCUUUUACAUGUUUAUCACGACGAUCAUGGUCUGAACUGGACAUUAUUUUAUCAACUGUUGACGUUUCAUUUUGUCUCACGUUAUCCUGCCUGUUACACUGAACUCUACAAAGAGAAAUCAUUUUUUUAAAAUUAAAAGACACUGGCUGAAUUUGAAUGUAUUCUAUAAAAGGCCAAUAGUACAAAAUUAAAGUUGUUUUUAUACA